CAACUCUAACCUUUUUCCGUGCAGCUUCCUCCAUCGAUCAACAAAGAAAAAGAAAGAGCAAUCGCAACGGAGCAGGGGGGACUCUUUUUCUUCAUCUCUUUUGUUUCUUUUCGCCGAAAAGAGACCUAAUCGCCAAAAAUGGAACAGAGCACGCUGUAAUUUUCGAUCUCUGCUCCAGUCAUUGGGUUGCUGUCCUGGAAACAUAAUCUUGGCUACUUCAACUUCUACUUUUGAAGUGUUAAGUAUGAAUCCAGAACUUAACAAAAUUUACAGAUUGAUGCCCGUGCAAGGUACAGAUAUAUCACUGUCCGUACCUAUUCGUUAUCCCAAUCAGCCAGUUGAGUCUCUUGUCCUACAAUGGAGGACUUCAGCUGAUGUCUAUGUGCUUCAAGUCAAGCUUUUUAAAGAUUUCCAAGUGGCACAUGUGCACCCACUAUAUGAUGAGUCUGGAAAAUGUGUCCACGAUAUGUCGAAACAGAAUCAUGCCUUUAUAAUAAAAGGCAUCAUAAGCUUCGAAACUCCCGAACGUGCUUGGUUUAUUUAUGAGUCAUCUGUCCCACUACCAGAGUUCUUACAAAAAACUAGCAUGGCUAGAACUACGCAUUCUCACAAACAACAGAUCACCGAGAAUCUUAUUCUGGGUUUCUUGGAAAGGUUGAGAGAAAUACAUAAUAUGGGACUCUUCCAUGGGCGUUUGAGGGAGAGAGGAUCCCUUCUUAUUGCAGAGAGAGCCAUUCCCAAAUUUGGGAACUUCCAAGGUCACUCAAAGACUGUCAUAGAAACUAGAUGUGACGAUGAAGUGGAAGAUUUGAAGGCUAUAAAAGAUGUUCUAAAGGAUGCCUUGAUGCCAAUGAAAGAUAUUCUUAAUUCUCAAGUUUUUGGAUUUGUAGACUCUUUCAUUGUCAAUGAGUUUAUAACAUCAAGCAAGCACCUUCAAAGUGUGCAUCACCACCCAACAUUUUUGAGUGAAGAGCGGCUAAUGGAAUACAUAAUCUUGACACAUGAAAGGAUACAAGAUAUUCAGGCCAAACUUCGCAUUGACUUGCGUGAAAUUGAUGUUGAGAUUAUGAAAUUUGAAAGCUGUCAAUCUUGGAACAAAUCUGUCCCAAAUGAUUAUAUUGAUGUUUUAUAUUUUAAUCGUGAGAAAUGGGUUCACGAUACAAAACCAGCCUAUUUGAAUACUCCACGGGGGUUUCUUCAUUUCGCAAGAAACAUCGGAGUUCACAAGAAAGACAAGUCAUGGGCAGAACAUGGUGCGAUGAUAGUAGACACUUGGCCAGAGAUGCUUUCCGCAUUUCACCAAGUAAUGACUUGCUUUGAUAUGGAAACUAAAUUGGUCAAGUGACGGAAGAUUUUUGCAGGUUUGGCAUGGGUUGUGCAAGUUCAUGGUGAUGCACAUGAGGACUUUUUAUCACCUAAGGUUUCCAUGUAAACUUGCAUUCCACUGAAGCAACCUGGGAGAUUAUUUUUUGUGGAUUUCAAACUUAAGUAUGACAGAACCUAUAGCAUGAAAUGUUUAUUGGGGGAAUAUCUAAUACCGUACUUUGCUGGGCUAGUUGUUUCUAAAGGAUUUGUGAUAAAGACAACUCUUAGGCUGACUUAUCAUGGUAUGUUUUGAUGAACUAUAUGUCAGGAACAACUCUUAAUAUAACAUUGUAUUACAA